AUGGUCAGCUCCUGUUGUGGUUCUGUCUGCUCUGAGGAGGGCUGUGGCCAAGGCUGCUGCCAGCCUAGCUGCUGCCAGCCCAGCUGCUGUGUGUCCACCUGCUGCCGGCCCAGCUGCUGUGUGUCCACCUGCUGCCGGCCCAGCUGCUGUGUGUCCAGCUGCUGCAGGCCCAGCUGCUGUGUGUCCAGUUGCUGCAGGCCCAGCUGCUGUGUGUCCAGCUGCUGCAGGCCCCAGUGCUGUCAGUCUGUGUGCUGCCAGCCCACCUGCUGCCGCCCCAGCUGCUGCAUUUCCAGCUGUUGUCGCCCCAGCUGCUGCAGGCCUUCCUGCUGCCAGCCUAGCUGCUGUGUGUCCAGCUGCUGCAGGCCCAGCUGCUGCCAGUCUGUGUGCUGCCAACCCACUUGCUGUCGUCCCAGCUGCUGUAUCACCAGUUGUUGCCGUCCCAGCUGCUGUGUGUCCAGCUGCUGCCGCCCCUGUUCCAGCUGUUGUGGGUCUAGCUGCUGCAGGCCCAGCUGCUGCACUUCUAGCUGCUGCCGUCCUUCUUGUUGUGUGUCCAGCUGCUGCAGGCCCACCUGUUGCCAGAGCACCUGCUGUCGCCCAGCUUGCUCUAGUUGUUCUUGUUGCUGA